ACUGGACUACAAGAGGAGGAACAAUGAGGUCAUCAUGUCAGUAAACACAUUUAUAAGAUAACAAAAGCAGCUUUCAGACUCAACAUGGUUUAUUUACAUGAAUCUUGAUGAACCGGGUAUUCCAUCAGUUUGAUUAUUGAUUAUUAAAUAUUGAUGGAAGAGGUUUAAACUGUGAGGAGAUCAGCUGACGUUCCCACAGACUAACAUUCUGUCAGAAGAAACCUGCUUCCAGUUGAGUAGCCUGGACAUAAAGAGCACCCGUUGGGUGUCAUCGUCGCCCUUCACCCGAGAUGACCAGGGCCCCCACUCACUCGUCAAGCCCAGGUGAGUCUCGCGCUGCAGCAGGCCCCGCCCCCCUCAGGUGCGGCUCAUCAAAGAGCCGUGAAAGCGGAACAAUGGCGUCCAACGGCGCCAGAGUCAAAGAGGAUGAUGUCAAGCAGCGGAGUGGAACCGGCAGCGCAGAGCCCCCUGCUCUCCUCCAGCUUCGGUCUCGGCUCGUGGUCGUGUGCGUGCUCGAAGGGCUGGUCGGCCGCCAUGUGGAACCCAGACCCGCUGCUGACCGCCGCCCCCUGCAUAGACUCCGCCCCCGGAGGCCCCGCCCCCGGAGGCCCCGCCCCCGAGCCCUGGCUUCUCCCCGGCUGCAGCUCCGUCUUCGACAGCCUGGUCAGUAAUGUGUCUCCGGUCCCGUCUCCUCCUGCUUCCAGCGGCCUGCGAGGACGAGACCGAGCUGCCGGCAACAAAGUCUGCAGGCCGUCCAUACUGGAGCGGUGCAUCCUCAAAGUGUCCACCAGCAGCGUGGCUGUGGGGACGGACGAUCUGGACACCAAGAGGCCCCCUUACGACCGCUGCUACCCCGUCCUCCCGGACCCGGCUAACACCGAGACCAACGGCGCGGUUCUGAAGCGGCGGCAGAAACAGAUCCAGUACGGCAAAAACACCAUCGGCUACCAGAACUACCUGCAGCAGGUCCCCAGACACUUGAGGGACGCUAAGCUCCACCCCUCCACGCCCAACAAGUACCGGAAGUACAGCCGGCGCUCCUGGGACAUGCAGGUGCGUCUGUGGAGGAGAGCGCUGCACCUUUGGGACCCUCUGAGUGACACCCAGCCCGACGACGGCACCUCACAGGACCCAGUGGAGCAUCUGCAGAGUCAGCUGGCGAAGAUGACCUCUGACCUCUGUGAGGAUGGAGGAGACCAGCAGAGAGAGAAGGAGACUCCUGCAGCCUCUAAAGCCUCCUCUGUGUCUCCUCGGUCUCUGGAGCUGCCGGGACCCUGGAACGACCCACCGUCUCCGGAGGCCGAGAUGAACCACGGGACUCUUCGCUCUCCUCCGGGGUUCAGCUGCUCCUUCAGGAGGUGGCGGACCUCUGGUGACCACGUGACCGACUGGCUCCGCCUCCUGCUGGAGGGCGACAGCGGCCCAGAUUUCGGCUCUGAUGACCAGCAGGUUCCUGUGUUCUCCGACCAGCUCCUGUGGAACCCGUACUGAAACACGGGUUCUCCCUUGAGUGAAGUGGC